AUGAUCGAACUAGUAACCGGAGCAGCUGGCUUCAUGGGAACGACAUUGACAGUAGCCAUCCUCGAAAGUGGUGCAGACGUCGUCUGCCUCGAUAUCAUGAGCGCCCCAAAGCAAGAAGAAUGGGAAAUCAUCGAAGCAACCGCGAGUAAAUACUCCAAACGUGUCUUACUUGUGCAAUGCGACCAGCGAAAUGACAACUCAAUCAACGCCGCAUUUGAUCGAAUAAUGCCAGACCUCCGAUAUCCCAUUCGGGGUCUAGCAGCAUGCGCAGGCGUGUCCGAUAAUGGGCCCGCAACCGAGUUUCCCUCGGAAUCGUUCACUCGCUUGCUCGAUAUCAACGUUACGGGGACAUUCCGAGUGGCACAGCGUGUCGCGAAAGAGGUCAUCAAAGCGAAUGUCACGGCGAGUAUGGUGCUUGUGGCUAGUAUGAGUGGAUAUGUGUCGAACAAGGGCGUUGAUACCGCCGGCUAUAACUCGUCCAAGGCAGCUGUGCAUCAGCUGGCGCGAUCUUUGGCUGCUGAGUGGGGUUCUCGUGUUGGGAUACCCCUGAUUCGAGUGAACUCGCUUUCGCCGGGGUAUAUUCGUACUGCGGCUACUGCGGAGGCUUUGCAGAAGCCUGGUAUGGAGGUGCAGUGGGUUGGGGAUAAUAUGCUCUAUAGACUUAGUACUGCUGAUGAGUUUCGUGCGCCUGUGUUGUUUUUGUUGGGUGAUGGGAGUAGUUUUAUGACUGGGUCUGAUUUGAGGGUUGAUGGGGGUCAUUGUUCGUGGUAG